UCCUAUCCCUCCCAUCCAACACUCAGAACCAACCUUAAACCCCUCCUCAUCCCUCACCUUUUCCUCCAACCCCCACCCCCAAGAGAAACAGAAAGGGAAAUUAACGCAGCAAGAGCUCCUCCAGAAUCUCCAUAAUUCUCUCAAAUGGCUUGCACCUGCUUCACAAAGCACCCUCUCCCCCUCCUCAAUUUCACAAGACCAACCAAAAAUUUCCCCUCCCCAGCUCUCCCCACCCUCCCCAGAUCCUCACAUUCCCUACUUUUUGGCCUCAAAUUCCCCACUCUGUCCACCCCAUCUUCCUCAUUUCCCUCCUCCCCUCCUUCACUCCCUCAUCACAGGUCACCCAUUUCUGCAAAGGUGUCCAAAGGUGAUGUGCCUCCUAAUUUCACUCUAAAGGACCAGGAUGGGAAGACUGUCUCUCUCUCCAAAUUCAAAGGCAAACCAGUGGUGGUCUACUUCUACCCAGCAGAUGAGACACCUGGGUGCACCAAAGAGGCCUGUGCCUUUAGAGACUCCUAUGAGAAGUUCAAAAAAGCGGGAGCAGAGGUUGUUGGAAUCAGUGGUGAUGAUCCUUCCUCUCACAAGGCAUUUGCUACAAAGUAUAGGCUACCAUUCACUCUUCUGAGUGAUGAAGGGAACAAAGUGAGGAAGGGGUGGGGGGUUCCCUCUGAUCUCUUUGGCACACUACCUGGGAGGCAAACCUAUGUCUUGGAUAGGAAUGGUGUGGUUCAGUUGGUUUACAACAACCAAUUCCAACCUGAGAAGCAUGUAGAGGAGACCUUAAAGCUACUUCAAAGCAUCUGAGAACAUCUUCUUCUUCUUCUUUUCUUUUUUCUUUUUAACAUUGUGGUACCAUUCUAUUCUGGUCUUCUUUACUGCUGCUUAUUCAUCUGUAUUUGAACAUCAUGUAUAUGUUUGGUAGUUUGUUGUAGAAUGUUCACUUUUUGAUGCAAACUGUGUCUCAAGGAAAACCUUUCUUAAUCAAACCAUUGUAACUUAGUUUGGUUAA